GUGUGCGCAGGCUGCGCGGCGCGGCGUGGCCGCGGGCUCGGCGGCCGUGCCCCGGCUCGGCGGCGAUAGGGGAGCGGGCUCCUGACGAAAGCGGAACUCGGCCGGGCCCAUACAAAUCAGAAAAGCGCCCGGCCGCCGCCGCAGAGCGCAGCGGAGCCCGCGGGCAGCGACGCGCCGCCGCCGCGCUGCAGCACCGGCGGCGCCGCCAGAGGCGCCUCCCCUCCGCGGCCCCGGCCCGGCCCGGCCCGGCCCCGGCCCCGGCCCCGGCCCCGGCCCCGGCGCGGCGAGCGCGGCCGGCAGCGCCGCGGGGCACCAUGAUGAGCGGCUACGCGGACGCCGAGGAGGACGCGGCGGCGCUGCUGGCGCACGACGGCGGCGGCAAGGAGCCGGAGCGCGGCAAGGAGGAGCCGGGCGCCGACAAGGGCGCCGAGAAGCCGGACCCCUCGCAGAAGCCGCCCUACUCGUACGUGGCCCUCAUCGCCAUGGCCAUCCGCGAGAGCGCCGAGAAGAGGCUCACGCUGUCCGGGAUCUACCAGUACAUCAUCAGCAAGUUCCCCUUCUACGAGAAGAACAAGAAGGGCUGGCAGAACAGCAUCCGCCACAACCUCAGCCUCAACGAGUGCUUCAUCAAGGUGCCCCGCGAGGGCGGCGGCGAGCGCAAGGGCAACUACUGGACGCUGGACCCCGCCUGCGAGGACAUGUUCGAGAAGGGCAACUACCGGCGGCGGCGGCGCAUGAAGCGGCCCUUCCGGCCGCCCCCGAGCCACUUCCAGCCCGGCAAGACCCUCUUCGGCCCCGACGGCUACGGCUACCUCUCCCCGCCCAAGUACCUGCAGUCCAGCUUCAUGAACAACUCGUGGCCGCUGGCGCAGCCCCCCGCGCCCAUGCCCUACGCCUCCUGCCAGAUGUCCGGCGGCAACGUGAGCCCCGUCAACGUGAAAGGACUCUCGGGCCCGGCCUCCUACGGCCCCUACUCGCGGGUGCAGAGCAUGGCGCUGCCCGGCAUGGUGAACUCCUACAACGGCAUGGGCCACCCGCACCACCCGCACGCCCACCACCCGCAGCAGCUGAGCCCGGCCGGCGCCGCGCCGCCCGCCGCCCCCGCCGCGAACGGAGCCGGCCUCCAGUUCGCCUGCGCCCGGCAGCCCGCCGAGCUCUCCAUGAUGCACUGUUCCUACUGGGAGCACGACGGCAAGCACGGCGCCCUGCACUCCCGCAUAGACAUCUAGCCGCGCCGCCCGGCCCCGGCCCCGGCCCCGGCCCCGGCCCCGGCCCCGGCCCGGCCGGCCUCCCCCUCCUCCUCCUCCUCCUCCUCCUCCUCCUCCUCCUGCGCCUCGCUCCGGCGGCGGGCGCGGGGCGGCGGGGGCUGCGCGGCGCGGGGCGGCGGGACGGGGCGGCUCUGCCCCCAGCGCGCUGCUCCGCGCUGCUCCGCGCUCCGGCCUGCAGCCGCCGGGCUGCGCCGGGGGCAGCGAGCGCGGCUCGUACGCGGCGGCGGCGGCUCCUCUCCUCCUCCUGCUCCUGCUGCUGCUGCUGCUGCUGCUCCGCGUUCUCCUUCCUGCCCCGGCCCGCACAGCACUGCACUGGGGCACCGCUGCGCUCUCCUCGGAACAGCAGCGAGGCGCGGGCGGGCGGAGGGCGCUGCCGCGGUCCGUGCGGACCGACCGACACCACCCGCCGGCCCCGCUCGUGGGGCCUUUCGGCAGCGGAGAUUUAUUUUUUAAAGCAAACAGUGUCCUCUGAGGUCUUGAAAGUAAUUUUAUACAAGUUAAAAAAAAUAUUUUGAUGUUAUAAAAAAAAGGCGGUUUCCUAUGAAAUUGGAAUAUUUUUCCGUGCGCAUAUUAAUAAUGAAACUUUAAACUAUCUUCGUAUUUUCGACCCCAAGCCGGGCCCAAAAUGGAUUGUCUGGUAGAUUCUGCUUUUGAAUGCUUGCCCUUUUUCUUAAAACGUUUUGAUCCUCCAAUUUUAAAUAGAUAAAUGUGAAAAAAAUAGCGUUUAUAAUACAGGGGCCAGUUCCUAGCGAUUUUAUAACUGUUUGUGUAAGCUGAUAGAUGCUGUGGCAUAGUACCGUUUUGGGACCAACUUCCCUAGAGUGACCUAGCACUUUCCUGUACUCCCUAGCGUUGUAACGGCUCCAAUAAAGUGCCUCUCUUUCGCUCUUUC